AUGGGAGCUAGCGAUUCAAAGCCGAUUUACAAACUCUAUGAGCAUUUUAAAUAGAUCAAUGUCCGCAAUAAUGACUUCCCUGACUGCCAGAUCUUAUAACAUAAACGUGAUCCUAAUCAGCAAUUGAUCUUACGUACUAUCAGUAUGACAGACGAGGGGCAUUUCAAAAAGACGGUUCAACAAUACUAAAUUAGAUAAAAGAUCAAUCAUCCAAAUAUCCUGAGUCUCAGCAAUUACUUUUAUGAAUUUGAACAAUAACUAUGUGGGUAAUUUUACAAGGUGAAUUUAUUAUUCGAAUACCCGUAAAGCAAUUUAGACAGAGUACAGAUUCUGAAUGAAAAUCAAUUAAUUGAAUAUCUCAAACAAACAAUAUCCGGAUUAGCAUGCAUGUAAAGAAAUGAAAUUCCACAUAAUACAUUAUAACUUAAGUAUUUAUACUUAAUGGAUGGCACGGUAAAAGUAUGCGAUCCUCAGUACUUCCAACAGAAUACAAAUUAUUUACAAAUAUUACAAAAUCCUAAUUGUGUGGAAUCAAUUUAUUUAUCUCCUAAUUUGGUUAAUACAAUUAGGAAAAAUAAUUGGUAACCUAAGCACAAUUAAUAUAAAAGUGAUGUAUUUACUUUAGGAAUGCUGUUUCUACAUUUGGGAUUGAAUUAAGUAAACAGUGAUUGUUACAAUUACAUCCAAGGUAAAUUCUUGGAAGAACACCUGACUAUUAAGCUGUAGAAAUUAAGAACUCGAUAUGGAUAAUUGUUUUGUGAUUUUAUCUAAAUGAUGCUUAUUACUUAAGAAGAUUAAAGACCCGAUUUUAUAUAAAUGGAAUAAAUCAUUAGUUAUAAAUAAUUAACAGGGAAGACAACCUAUUACAAAUAAUAACAAUAAUAAUAAUAAUAACAAUAAUAAUAACAAUAAUAACAAUAAAAAUAACAAUAACAAAUCCCAAAUGUGAUACCUAAAUAAAUCAUACCAGUUUAACCUAUUGGAUUGAUAGAUACAAUUCAUCAACCAAGCACAAGCUCAUUGCAAUUGGAAUAAUGUCAAUACAAUGCUUAAAUUAAUUAAUCGAAGAGAGUAAGCCAAGUUUAAAAUAUAUCACCUAUGAAAUACGCUCAUCAAUACACAAUUAAAACAACCUAAUCAUAACGAAGUUCAACGCCCAUUAGUAAGGUUAUGAUUCCAGCUCAACAGGUCCAAUCAUAAGUGAGAGAUUGUUCUGUGCCUAAGCAAUCAAGUCAAAUUCAGAAUACAAGUUCCAGAUAGAUAAGUCAUGAGUACAUAAAUAAGAAUAACUAUUCACAGAAUUCUAUCUAAAACAUUGCAACAGUUACUACAAUAACCGAUCAAUCUAUUUUAAGCAAUAAGAGUAUGCUCUAAUAAAUUAAUCUUACUCCUAAGUUGUCGAUUCACUCAAUGAAUUAAACGAAUUCUAAAUUCCACUAGAUUAAUCAACCCCCUGAGUCUAAAAUAUUGCCCAGCUUAGUAUUUUAAUUGCAACAAGAUCAAUGCGAUACUUUGUCAAAAUUUCAUCCCUCAGAAGUGUGUAGCGUGCAUUCGUAAUUUGAUGAGAACCUGGAUUCCUAAGUGAAUGAGGACGUCAAUACUUAAAGAUAGGGAGUUUGUGAAUACUCCUAGAUUUUAUGUGAUUCUACAAAUCUGCCUUAAUAGUUUAAGAGCACUUUAACUAAAGAGUUUAGUUUGCCAUAUGAGAUUUCAAAAAUCAAAGAGAGAAAAGUUAAUGAACCUGAAUUUGUAGUGGAACAUUAUGGAAAUGGAUCUCGUUAUGAAGGUAUGAAAUGGAAUGGCAUGAGACAUGGAUAGGGAAGAUUCUUUUAUUAGGAUGGUGGUUUGUAUGAUGGAGAAUGGAAGGAGAAUAAAAUGCAUGGGGAAGGAACCUUGUAUUAUGGAACAGGGCAGCCAGCUUAUGAGGGAGAGUGGAGUGAGGAUCAAUUUCACGGUUUCGGGACUUUGUAUAAUGAGCAUCCUUAGAUGUCGGAGGAGGGUUUUGAUUAUCGGGACUUUGAUAAUGUGGAGGACUAUUGGAUGAAGUACAGUGGAAAUUUUAGGUUGGACAAUAAGGAGGGUCAGGGAAGUUUGCAUUUAACGAAUGGGGAGAGAUUUGUCGGCUGUUUUGAGAGGGAUUUGAUAAAUGGGAAGGGAGUGUUUUACAGGAUGGAUGGGAAGAUGAUGGAGGGGAGAUGGGUGGACAACAAAUUAGUUUAUUGAAUUAUAAUUGAUAAUCUCAUUGAAUG